AUGAAUUAUUCAAAAAUAUUUAUAUUUGGAAUUAUUUCAUUAAUUUUAAUGGCAUUGUUUUCAUCAACAGUUGAGAGUGUUUCAUUAAAAAAUCUUAAAAUAAAAAAUAAUAAUAAUAAUAAUAACAAUAUUGAAAAUAAACACAAAACCAAAAAAAGUUUAGAGUUAACUGAAACUCAAGAUUUUGGAUCAGUAAAAUGUCCUGAUGGAAGUUUAUGUCCAAAUUCAAAUACAUGUUGUUCAGCCAGUGAUGGUUCUUAUGCAUGUUGUCCAACUCCAAAUGCACAAUGUUGCAGUGAUAAGCAACACUGUUGUCCUUAUCAAUUCACAUGUGGGAAUGGAGGAAAUAUUUGUAAACCUCAACAAGGUCUUCGAUUUUCUUUCAAUCGUUAA